UUGUCCUUUGUUAUUUAUAUUUUGUGGCAGUUCUACCAAUUUGUGCAGGAAGGAAAAAAAAAAUCCCUGUCUCCUCCUCUUUCAGCUAAACUGGACAUUGCCACAGAGGUGAUCGCAGAAAACCUGGGAAAGAUGUGGCGCAAACUGGGCCGCAAACUUGGUUUGAAUGAAGUGAAGCUGGAGUCCAUCUACAGGAGGCAUCCCACGGACCUGGAGGAGACGGUGGUGGAACUGCUAAAGGAUUGGAGGAAGAGUCGGGGUGCCGAGGCCCAAACCAACGAGCUGCUGAAGGCCCUCAGGGACUGUCAGUUCAACCUGACAGCUGCUAAAGUGGAGGACAAAUUGGCAGACACGGGAUAUUGAUGAAGAUCUACAGAUCAAACGAGACAAACUAUGGGAAUUAAAAUGAUAAAUGAGAUGAAUUAAAUGAUGAUUGUUGAAGAAAUGAAUGGAAAGUGAAAGUGA